CACACACGCACGCACACACACACACGCACACGCACAAGGGGAGCGAAAGCGCGGCUGCGGAUCAGACUCUUUGUUAUUACACACUCUGUCACUGAUCUCUACAGACCUCAAAUCACACGAGGGUUGAGAUGUCGCCGAUUCCCGCCAUCUGACAGGAGUAUCUCGUCUCGCAGCGCUCGCCGUAUGAUCUUGAAGUGUGUGUUGUAUGUUUAUUUGGAUGCGGUGGUGUAAGACCGUGUGCGGUGUAUGGUGCGUCUGCCAUCUGGACUCACACCGCUAGCUCGCUAGCAUCAGGCUAGCUGAAAAUUAUCAAAACAUAAGUGACUGAGGAGGAAUAAAAUCCCGUUUCCAUGGACAACACGUCCAUCAUUACCCAGGUAGCAAAUCCAAAGGAGGAAGAGAUCCUUUCUUCUUGCCAAGAAAAAGUCUCCCAGUCCAACAGCAGUUUAAAGAAACACAGGAACAGAAGUAUCUUUAGUCCCUUCUUCUGCUGUUUCCGGGACUAUAAUGCGGAACCACCAGCCACCAACAACAAGACCUGCUCCCUCCCUCCACCUGCCGAGGAGAACAGCAGCCCUCCGAAGUGUGAUCAGGUCCAGGUCAUCCCUAUUCCCAGUCCUCCAGCCAAAUGCCUCUUGCCUGAGGUCAGCAUCAAUGACUAUGGCAAGAACUGUGUGGUCAUUGACCUGGACGAGACCCUUGUGCACAGCUCCUUCAAGCCCAUCAGCAACGCAGACUUUAUAGUCCCUGUGGAGAUUGACGGAACAGUUCAUCAGGUCUACGUGCUGAAGAGGCCUCACGUGGAUGAGUUUCUGCAAAAGAUGGGCGAACUGUUUGAAUGUGUUCUUUUUACAGCCAGCUUGGCUAAGUACGCUGACCCUGUAGCAGACCUGUUGGACCAGUGGGGCGUGUUCAGGGCACGGCUUUUCAGGGAAUCCUGUGUGUUCCACCGGGGGAACUACGUCAAAGACCUCAGCCGACUGGGCCGAGAGCUCAACAAAGUCAUCAUAGUUGACAACUCACCUGCCUCCUACAUCUUCCAUCCAGAAAAUGCUGUGCCGGUGCAGUCGUGGUUUGACGACAUGACAGACACAGAGCUGCUGGAUUUACUGCCACUGUUUGAAGGCCUGAGCAAAGAGACAGACGUUUACAGUGUGUUACAGAGCCUGAGGGCCAGGUAGCAUACGGGUCCAGCACUGCCUUGCAGACACGAACACCCCCUCCAGCCAUCUCAGCCACCGUUCGGCUCUGGCCUCUAGAGGACACCACUCACCCAAUGAACGCCACUCCAUCUCUCUCAAUGGACCAACGGCCAGCAUAAUUCCUUGGCAAGCAAAUAUAUACACUCAGUUUCUUUCAACUUUUGAUGCAGGAUGAAGAAAACAAAGCGUUGUUUUAUAAGAGAAACACGAGUUUACUAUCCUUGCGUAUAUUUACCAGGAAAAAGAACAAGACGUGCUAUUUUUCUGGACGGACGAUAAAACACCUUGAACCUUGAACUUUUUUUCUGUUCAGGCUAUGCAGGCAGUCUUUUCCGCGGCGUCAUCGGUAGUUCCAACAACUGUGAUUUAUUUUCCUCGUUCUCUCGUACCAAACAAAGUGCCUUCUGACUUGUUUUUAUGGAGACACAAAUGAGUUUUUGUAUGCUGCAUAUUUACAAUUCAAAACCUUUAAACACUUACUGUAAGAGUGAACGGUCUUUUAAAACUCGUGAAGACUUUUCGGUGAUGAUCAGACGUCUUCACUGGACUGAA